UUUUUCCACUGUGUUAACUGCCGGCACUUCUUGUUUUACUUCACUAAUUUUCUCCUUUACAAUGUACUGUGCCUCACAUUUGUUUGCCAUAAAUGCUCUACACUCUUCAAUUAUUCCUUUCAAUGUCAGUGAAUGCCCUGCUGUUCUUUUACUUUCAACACUUUUCAUGGCCACUUGUCGCACUGCUGUAGCAUCACUAGGCAAACCUGAACUAAAAAUCAGGUUCUUUGGUUGA